GCAGCGUGGAAAGAUGGUGCUCGACUUGGACCUGUUUCGGACCGAUAAAGGUGGCGACCCAGAGAUCGCCCGUGAGACUCAGAGGAAGAGGUUUAAAGAUGUCUCACUCGUUGAUAAACUGGUGGCUGCAGAUUCAGAAUGGAGAAAAUGCCGCUUCACUGCAGACAACCUCAACAAAGCAAAGAACCUCUGCAGCAAGAGCAUUGGGGAGAAAAUGAAGAAGAAGGAACCAGUUGGGGAUGAUGACUCUGUACCUGAAGAAGCACAGAGCCUGGAGUCCCUAACAGCUGAAACACUAUCGGCCCUGACAGUUACCCAGAUCAAGAAGGUGCGUUUGAUGGUGGAUGAGGCGGUGGAGAAAGGUGACAGUGAGAGGUUAAAGCUGGAGGCAGAGCGUUUCGUUUACCUGAGGGAGAUCGGCAACCUCCUGCACCCAUCUGUGCCCAUCAGCAAUGAUGAGGAUGCUGACAAUAAAGUGGAGCGUACUUGGGGCGACUGCACCGUCCAGAAGAAGUACUCCCAUGUUGACUUGGUAGUCAUGAUUGAUGGCUUUGAAGGAGAGAAGGGAGCCGUUGUGGCCGGGAGCAGAGGUUACUUUUUGAAGGGGCCGCUGGUAUUCCUGGAGCAGGCCUUGAUCAAUUACGCCUUAAGGAUCCUACAUAGCAAGAAGUACACCAUGCUCUACACACCAUUCUUCAUGAGGAAAGAAGUCAUGCAGGAAGUCGCCCAGCUCAGCCAGUUUGAUGACGAGCUGUACAAGGUCAUCGGCAAAGGCAGCGAGAAGUCAGACGACAACUCCGUGGACGAGAAGUACCUCAUCGCCACCUCCGAGCAGCCCAUCGCAGCCUUCCUGAGAGAUGAGUGGUUGAAACCCGAGGACCUGCCCAUCCGCUACGCCGGCUUCUCCACCUGCUUCAGACAGGAAGUGGGCUCCCACGGUAGAGACACCCGCGGCAUCUUCAGGGUGCACCAGUUUGAGAAGAUUGAGCAGUUCAUCUACGCUUCUCCACACGACGGCAAAUCCUGGGAGAUGUUUGACGAGAUGAUCGGCACAGCAGAAGAGUUCUACCAGUCUCUUGGCAUUCCUUAUCGCAUAGUCAACAUUGUGUCUGGCGCCCUCAACUACGCAGCCAGUAAGAAGCUGGACCUGGAGGCCUGGUUCCCCGGCUCCGCUGCUUACAGAGAGCUGGUCUCCUGCUCAAACUGCACCGACUACCAGGCCAGACGCCUCCGCAUCCGCUACGGACAGACCAAAAAGAUGAUGGACAAGGCAGAGUAUGUGCACAUGUUGAACGCAACCAUGUGCGCCACCACACGCGUGAUGUGCGCCAUCCUGGAGAAUUACCAGACCGAAGAAGGCAUCGUCGUUCCAGAGAAGCUCAGGCCGUUCAUGCCUCCAGAUAUGUCCGAGAUCAUCAAGUUUGUCAAGCCCGCCCCGAUCGAUCAGGAGAUGUCCAAGAAAUCCAAGAAACAGCAGGAAGGAGGGGGGAAGAAGAAGAAGCAGGGAGGAGGAGGAGAUCAGAACCUGCCCAACUCCAUGGAGACCAUGUCCGUCAACGACUCAUAAACGCCGGCGUACAACAGUGUCGCUUCACCGAGCUCACAGAUAGAAACCGAUGGAACAGAGCCUCACGCAACGGUUGGCUAAUUAAUGAUAGAUAGUUAGAAGCUGGGGAAACAAAACUGAAAAAGCUUAUAGUGAAGGCUAUAUUCCAUCUGCGUCUAUCUUGAUUGGACAGUGUCGAUCAUCUCAGCUGUUCCUCCUCCUCAUUCACACAAAACAAAAGGGAUCGUUCUGCGCAGCCACCAACAGUCAGAGACUCUCCACCUGUCCAUCUGUCACUCUCUCACAUCCACAGCAACACUGAGCCUAAAACGAACAGAUAAUGUAAUAUAAUAUAUGAAUCAACAGCUUCCGUAUGGCUUCACAGCAGUUGGUAGUUUCUGUGACUGGUGUUCAGUGCAAAUGAAACACCGUAAUCUGUAAUAAUCAUCCGAAAGCGGGGCUUCUGAAGUAUUUUAUAUAACUGAUCUAACUGAACUCUUUCAUUAGUCGUCUCUUCAAGAACAAAACAUCAUCUAGAUCUCUUCUGUAGAACUCUGUUAAUGUCUGAAAUGGCUUUAAACUACAUUGCAAUUAUUACAAUUAAAAAAUCCAGCUUGUAAAAGUGAUCAGGUAUUUAAACUGUCUGUCUUAGGCUAUAAGUUUUACCCUCACGUUGCCUUUUACCAUCAUCAUCAAUUUCAACCGUUGUUGCUUGACGUCACAGUGGAUCAUAAAGCUGUUCAUUGCAGUAUGUUAUGAUUCAGGCAUCGUCUGUAUGUACUUGCUAAUAUAAAAGGUAUAUAUAUGAUUGCGGAUUGAUUCAAGUGGAAGUCACUGUAAAGGAAUAUUAAAUACAGUUGAU